GAGAAAUUUAAAUGUUAAAAUGUAGAAACAUUCUUAGAUAUAGACUGAUUUUUUAGUUUUUAAAGUAGUAAAAUGACUGGUAUAAAUGGAAAAAUUAUCACGAUUAUGUUACUAAUAGAACUUUUUGUUGGUACAGCAGAUGCUUGUGGACCUUAUCACAUUACAAAAGCUUACUGGACGGAUGCUGGAAAACCUACAUUAAACAACCAAUCACCUAAUGAAAAGACAGCGUUUUAUAAUUGCGUCAAAGACUUAGGUUGUGCCACUUUGACAUUGGAUAGGUACAUGCAGAACUUUGUAAAGGAUUGUAAUAAUGACAGCAAAAUAGACUGUGACGAUUUCAUCUCAAUUCACGUAAAUGGUCCAUUUGGGUGUAAUAAACAAUUACCAAGUGGUGUUGAAGAAAUUUAUGAAGACUGUAAAAAUAAAACGGUACUCGAUUAUAAAAGAAAAAAUGUACACUGAUUGAAAGCAACAUAAUAUAACGCAGAUUUAUUUAUAGUAGGUAUUAUAAAUAAAACAGAUGUGCGUUAUAUUAUUAUCAGUUAAAAAGUUAAAAAGUAUAAAAAUAAAAUACUAUUCCUAUCAUGCAUUUAUAUCUUAGAUGAAAUAAAAUUUAAAAAAAUUCAGAAGCAUAUUGUUUCAAAAUUAAAAUAAUGAAAACGUGACGCAAGAAAUAUUUUUGGUGAAC